UUGACGUACUCGGCACACGCGAAGCCGCUGCUCCAGGUGAACGUGCUCUCCAGUGCUGAGGACAACGCAAGUAAAGCGGUCUGCCCGAGGUUGUGUGUGUCCAUGCAUGCUUGAGAAGGUUUGGGAUCAGGAUGGACGUGGAGGAGACCGGAGCAGGUCAGGUGGAGACAGCGGCCCCAGAGGAGGAGGCACCAGCUCCCAAACGCGGGAGAGGACGACCCCGCAAACCACAACAGGAGCCUGUUGAAGCUUCUGCUCCCAGGAGGCCGAGAGGAAGGCCAAGAGGCAGUAAAAAUAAAGGCCAGCGGGUCACAGCCAAAGUAGAGCCACCUAGAGAACGGAGACCACGAGGUAGACCAAGAAAAUGGCCCCAGAAGACCGUUCGUCAAGAAGAACAGCAGCCUCAUCCUGCGGUUCAAGGGGCGGAGUCAACAGAGGAUCCGCCCAUUCAGACUCCACCUGCUGCGUUACCAUCACAGGAGAGCAACUAAAACUACCUCAGUGAUGACUUUGUUACUACGUUGGGGUGGAAAGAAUAGAUUCAAUUGCAUCUAUUUACACCAAAGAAGAAUAAUGACCUGAUCAAAGAUGUAAAACCACAAUCAUUAUAAUUCACAUGAUGAUGGUGAAACUCAGUACCUCAACAUCAGAAACCUCAAAGAUUUUGCUUGCUCAUUCUAGAUAAUGGAUGAUUUGCCAUUUGUUUUUAAAUGCAUAUAUUGUCAAUGGCCAGUCUCUUGAACAAGGUAACUUUUUGGCACUAUAUUUUCAUAAUUAGCAUUUUUUAAAUCAUCCAGUCUAAUUUGUAUUGCUAUGAAUUGUGUUAUUGCGCUGAUAUGGGAAUGAUGUUUACAACAUGACUAAUGUUUAAAGCAUCUCCUAUUGUCAACACAGUUGUGUUAUGUUAAAUAUUACAGCUCAUAUACAGAAGAUGCACUUAAACAGGUAUAAUGAUUCUUUACAAAAUUUUGAUCAAGAACCUUUUUCUGAUCAGGAAGUUUUUGGUGUGAAGUCAAUUCAUUGUUCAUGGUAUAUGUCAUCAGUUUAGUCAUUUACUUGUUAAAACAUUUGACAACGUGCCUCAUAAAUACAGCCUCAGGUAACUUACCUCUUUUUUAUAUUCUUCAAAGGCCAGUAAUGCUGUUUAUGCAGCCGUAUGUCAAUGAAUAAAGUUCCUGUUUGAGACAUGUUUACAUCAUCCAUCAGUUAUUUUCUAUAUUGCAUUAACAAGAACGAUUCCCUAGUUUUCAAUAACACCUGCACGUCAUAGUUUAAAUAUCAUUUUUAUUAUGUCCUUCAUUGUCAUAAAAGUUAAAAACGUCUUUAAAAUUAUCCGCCGCUGGUUUGUGGUACACAUAGAAUUAUUACAUUUUGCUUAUUUCAUCUACACACGCACACACACACACAAAAUCACUUUUUUCAUUGUAAAUCUUGCGUAAUCAGUCAGCAUUCAUCAUUUAUGCAGAUUCACAGGCUCUGUGACAGAACGUUUGUGUUUCACAUGGAAGAUCUUUAUAAUACUGUAUCUGAAAUGGCUGACUGAUGUCAUCUCUGACACUUCAUCACAAUUUAAAUUAAACAAAUGUAACUUUAAAGCUAAAAAUUCUGUUCUCAGGGAAAGUUCAUGUACAUCCUUUUAGUAAACUCGUCAGUUUACAGAACAUGUUUAGCUAUGAAUAAAUAAUAAACCAAACUAAUAAAGAAUUCUAACAAAAAAAGGGGGGGGGGGGGAAAGUUGCGGUAAAGUUGCAUUUGGAGUCCCUUCUUAAAAAUAAACAUUAUUUUAUCAGUCAUUCCAAUAAAAAAG